AGUAUUUAAAAUGUAAUUUUUUUUGUGUGUGUUGUAGUUAAAUUUCCAAAGUUCAAAAGUUCAGUGGACCCAGACACUGGAGUGGUGAUGCUGUUUCUUCCUGAUAGUGCAAGUGCUGGUGGAGGCGAGAAUGUGCUGGUGUGUCAGAGUCUGUGGAACAUAGCUGCCGCCAACGUGGCGUGCAAAGAGCAGAGACACGCCCUUGGCGCCACGUCAGCUGAUACUGUGAUGUACAAUUACUCGAAGUCCCUCCAAGACAACACACUCUUCCAAGGCAAAUGCGUUAAUAUCCACUGCGAAGGGUUUGAAAAUUCAUUGGCGGAGUGUGAGAUCUCUGACAAGGUUGUGAUUGGAAACACGAAGGUUGCUAAGGCAACGUGCUACAAUGCAACAGCAGAGAAAGAGUGCAACUUCAGGUGUGUGAACGGAAAGUGUCUCUCUCUGAACCAGACGUGCAACGGCGUGGACGAUUGCGGCGACUUCAGUGAUGAGAUGUGCUGCAAAAAAUGCAGAAAUGAGGCGUUCCGCUGCAAGACGGGUGUGUGCGUGCAUAAAGACACAGUCCGUGAUGGACAAAUGGACUGUCUGGAUGGUGGAGAUGAAUCAGUAGCAAACAUCAUCACCACACAUGACAAUAAGAGAGAACUCAAAGCCAAACACCCCAGCCUUACAUUUGACACAAAAUCACUGGCUGCCAGAAGCGGCGGGGAAGUAAAGCAACAACCCCAAAACUCAGAAUACAUCUCUCCCAAAAAAGAAACGAGGUUCAACAGAGUCUACUUGGAGUCCAAAGUGUACUGUGGGGUUCCGAAUGCAACCACAGUGGAGGAGGAAGAAAAGGAGCAACGUGGGAGAACCAGCCGUUUCAAGAGAGUGGUGGGCGGAGUCCCAGCCAAACCAACUCAGAUCCAGUGGCAGGUGGCAUUGGAGGAAUACAAGAAACUGGACUGUGGAGGAGCGUAUAUUGGAGGCUGUUGGGUUGUCACAGCUGCCCACUGUGUCAGACCCAAGCCAUCAGCGUUCAGGGUGAAGUUUUCUCUCUGGAGAAAGUCCAGAGCACAGAACACAACCGAUAUCGUUCCUGUUGAAGCCAUUCAUAUCCACCCUGGGUAUAAAGCAAAAACAUACGAGAAUGACAUCGCUCUGAUUCAGCUGAAGAAGCUUCCUUACAAGGAGGAAUGCUUUGAGGAAAACCCGGCCAUCACCGCCGUCUGUGUUCCCUGGACCACUCACCUCUUCCAACCUAACCACACCUGCAGCAUCUCUGGUUGGGGACGAACUGCAGCCGGUAAGCUGUCUCAGGUGUUGCUUUGGGCAAAUGUCUCCCUGAUAGUAGAGUGUGAAAGGUUCUACAAGGAACGCAUCAAACCGGGGAUGAUGUGUGCAGGUGAUCUGGACGGCAGUGUGGACUCCUGUCAAGGAGACAGUGGAGGUCCUCUGGUGUGUGAGGACGAACUGGGUGUGUCCUACCUGUGGGGCAUUGUCAGCUGGGGCGGGAGGUGUGGCGAGGCUGGAUUCCCUGGAGUUUAUACUGAGGUUGCUCAUUACUUUGAGUGGAUCAGAUCUCACACUGGUUGGGAUAUGGUCACCAAGUUCAACGCCUGACAACACAAAAUACUUCUGUAGCCGCACUUCAUCUAUAGUACGCUGGAUUCAUUUAAAAAAAAAAUAUAUAUAUAUAUAUAUAAACAAACCAGUUAUUCUGUCCAUGUGUAUAAAUUUUGAGUCACAUUUCAUCUUGACUACAGCUUAGUGACCAGAAUUUUCUUUCCUGGGAAUAAAAUUUGUAAUUUGAUAAGUCAGAAGGAAGUGUUGUUUUCCCAUUUAUAAACAAAACUUC